AACACAGCAAUAUCAAACUGAGUAGAUAGAUAGCCAUCGAUAUAACAGUUUGAUAAUAUGAUUAUUCUUUUUGUUCCGACCUCUGCAAGAAAGCUCCAUGAGACUUCUACCUUCAGCCCUAUUUUUCCUUUGUUUUACAUCAUGUUCUGUGAUAAACGUCAAUACCGAGUCGCUUGGGAUAUCAAAGAGCAACUUGGAAGAGGAAACUGGUCCUAAAUUAUUACAGCACCUCCAAAAUGUCCGUCACAGACGAGAUGCUCCUUCAGAUGCUUGCACAGGAAAAUGUGGCUGUCAAGGACCUACAAAAGGGAGUCACGUGAAUAAGGCUCAUCCUCCACGGAAUGUCAUAGCCUAUCACUACCACCAUCACUACUACUAUUGCUGUCCCAGCAUGGUGCAUCACGCUAACAAGAACCCUCACUGGGCACAGGCAGCUCGGCACACACAGGCUACAGCUCGCAAAGACCCUACCAGUUCUGUAGACUGUGGCUGCAAUGCCACAGGGGCGUGCUCUUGCACGGUUCAAGAAAAAUCCAAUGCCCAGGAUUGUAGACAGAAUAACAAACAAGAGCCACUCCAAAAUGCCGCUUUCGGUUUUGGAAUGGCCCUAGAUACUCCGAUUGGAAGGGAUUUCUUUGAGUUCAUCUCAAAAAAUUUUGUCAAAAAAGAUUCUCCUGGACAGCCAAAUACAUGCCAGGGUAACAUCGCUCACAACAAUCUGGAGGACCCGGUCUGCAGAGAAUUCUUCAACUUCUUUUCACAGAACUUUAUGAGAAAGGGGGAACAAUCAACUGUGACCCCCACUCAGCCCCCAACACCUGUACCCCACACAAGCUCGCCAGAGCGGUCACUUUCAGGGAAGCAUGCAUGAGUUUAAUGACAUGAAAACAAUGUUUGACACUCUCAAAAAUGAAAUGGAAGAUACUAUUUCUAAAACGGCAGACAUAGCAAAAAAGAUGGGAAUGCCAAUUUUAUGAUCGUUUUCAAUUCAAACAAAAUUUGUUCUGAAUUAGGAUUCACGAGCACCUUAUUAUCAUGAGACUGACU